UGUCUAUAUAUACCAAACCUAAACUUUGUUAAUUCUCAUCCAAUUUUUCAAUUUAAUUACACAUUCAGGGACCAACCCAAAUUUUCUUACAAGAAACCCAGCAUGGAAGUAACCUCUGUUGUUCAAUUAGACCAAACCAAAGCCAAAGAUGAAUGUCUCAACUUAUCUCUCCGGCCAUUACAAGUUUCAGAUGUGGAUGAUUUCAUGGUCUGGGCCAGUGAUGAAAAAGUGACACGUUUUUGUACUUGGGAACCUUACACCAACAAAGAAGAUGGCUUGAAUUACAUAAAGAACAAGGUUGUGCCUCACCCUUGGUUUAGAGCAAUAUGUGUUGACGAUCGACCGGUUGGUGCUAUUUCGGUGAGUGCAAAUUCAGGCAAUGAUAAAUGUAGGGGUGAACUUGGGUAUGUUUUGGCCUCCAAGUAUUGGGGUAAAGGGAUUGUAACGAGAGCUGUGAAAAUGGUGGUUGAUACCAUAUUUGUUGAAUGGCCACAUUUGGAGAGACUUGAGGCUUUGGUUGAUGUUGAAAAUGUGGGGUCUCAAAGGGUGCUUGAAAAAGCUGGGUUUCAAAGAGAAGGUGUUUUGAGGAAGUAUUUUAUCCUGAAAGGGAGGUCAAGAGAUAUGGUUAUGUUUAGUCUUCUUUCUACUGAUUAUCAGAGUUAAUAAAUCUCAACGUUUGGUCUAUUUGGUAUAUUAGUUAAAGGUAUUUCUAAAUAAGCAUGGUGAGAUUAAAUUAUAUGAAUUAUUUGUUAAUAUAAUUAUUUGUAAAAAUUUAAAUGCAAUUUUUUUUCUGUGUUAUAAUAAACAUUUAUUUAAAAGUUGAAAAA